ACACAAUCCAUUGGAUUGUCAAAGAGCAUAUGACGUUCCUCUGUGUCAAUUACUAUCAAUUUAUUAUGAAUCAACAGAAUCUAGUAAAUCACUAAUAAGGCUUCAAAAUCGACAAUAAAAAUUGUUAAACAAUGUCGACGUUGACGAGGAACGCACAAAACAUUGGGGCGUCACAACUUCGCCAAUUCAAUGAGUUUCUCGAGAAUCAUUCCGAAUUGCUGGACAGACUAAAUAAGCUGAGUGUCAGCAAAACACCGAAGGUCGAUGCAUCAAAGUAUCGUCCGGUGUCGCUGAAUCCAGACAUGACAAAUGAAAACAUUACAUGGUUUCAACUCGUCAACUCCGACGACAAAUUGCUGGUCAAACUGAUAUCAACGUUUUGUGAACUAACAUCGGAAGUCAAUCGUCUGGUCGACGAGUCGAAAUCGAUUCUACUGGACUUUAUGUAUCAGGAUGAUAUGUGCGAACAUUUGAACAAGUCGCAGAUCUAUGUUCAAAUAAGUCGAAGCUUGGAGUUGUUAUACACAACACUAAAUUUUCUCCAACGUUGUAACAGUGUUGCGGCUGAAAUUUUCAAUCAAACCAGUGAAUUUGUUGUCUUCAAAGAACAGUUCAACGUACACUUUUUCACCAACACCGUCACGGGAUCAUUGGCCGAUCUAAUGGUUGUUGUAGCUACGUUUGAACAAAUAUAUUCUAAUUGCAUCAUAAAAGAGCACUGGUCGAGUUUUCGACGGGCAAUCGAAUCCGUUGUCGUAGAGGACUGCAGAGCCGAUGACAUGACGGCUCUACAAAUUGUUAUCGGUGAAUUAGACCAUUUGUUCGAUGGCAAGUUGUUUCAAAAAAUGAUUCAGACGUUGUACCACAUCAAAAUUCAAUGGGAACCGAAGGUGGAUGCAGCCAUUGCGACAUUGUUCAACGUUUAUUUAGAUGAACUACACAUGAAAAUCGUCAAAUUGGACAAAAUGUCUCAAGUCGAUGUGCAGGACACGCGUGAUAUCAUCAAGUUCACCUUGAUGUCCAUCGUUCGCCACAAUUUGUUUGUCAUUUUCAAUCAAAAAUCGAUAAAAAUGGUGUACGAUAUCAACAAUCGGUUUUUCGGUGUUACAUUGGUGGAAAAUGUUCUGUGGACGCCGGAGGAGUUUUUGGAGAAAUAUGCCACCACUAAGAAUCACUCGCAUCAGACGUUUGUCACAACAGCGGGCAAGACGCGGUUGCAGUAUUAUGAGAGCACUUUGAAAUGUAAAUUGCUAAACGAACCACACGCACUGUUGAAUCGUUUAGUUCGGUGCAUAUGGAAAAUUGAGGCAUCGAAACGAGAACCAGCGUCAGCGAAAAAUGAGAAAGAUCUUUUGGAUGAUAGUGAAUUAGUGGUUCAGUUCAUCCAUAUCGUUGGCCAAAUUAAGCAUUUGACCACUGCCAUCCUAAACAUCCAUCUAAAGUUGAAUGAGAAAAUCUAUCAAUGUGUUGUGCUGUUGGUGUGUCGAAUGAUUGAAUUCCUACGCCUUGUUCGCACAUAUUUCAACGAUAAUUUUCAAUUUUUCGUGAAUGUCACACACAAAUCUUCACAGCAUGCAAGUUAUCAGGUGUUACGUCUUCUUCGUCAAGUUAUGAAUGACUUUUCGACUAAAUCCAAAAAAUAUUUCACGAAAAACAUCGACAGUUUGACUGCAUUACAAACUGCGGAAAGGUGUAUGUACGGACCUAUGACUAGCAACCGCUUACUAGCUACAAAGAUAGCUCUCAGCCUUACCGAUUCCCUGAACGCUCGACUGUUCACGAUUGAACAAAUCCGACAAAUUCAGACUUUGUUCAGCAAUAUUGAACUGUUCGCCAAUUUUCGCAGAUUGAUCGACAGAUUAACCGACACAUCGUUCAUGUAUUGGCAUCAAUCGAUUCUAUCGGGAUACGUUAGAGCUGUGCUCAACAUUAACAGAACUCUUGAUGCUCCAGUGCAACGAAAUUCAAAGGAAUUUCGUGAAUGUGCAUGUGACUUUUGGCAGAUUUAUAACUUAAGUCCAACUAUAAAGAAUUGCCUACGAUUUCUAUCCCAACUCAACGGGAUCAAUCAACAUCAGAACGAAGACAAUGAUGAAGUUUACAGGAAGAGUAUUUUAAGUACUGCUUGCGUAAAUGUCGAAAACAAUUUGCGUCUGUACGUGCAUUACAUGAAUACCGAUUCAGUGGGUGGCAAAGAUUCGGUGACAUUGAAAGAUUUACGUUCAUACUUGGUCAGCUUGGUGAAAUGCGACACGAUCCAGUCCAUCGACUUUCACAUUAUGGUUAAGGAUAGCAUUGAGUGCUACUUAAGUGAAAUGUUUUACAAAUUGAAAGCGGUUGCCCUAACUGAUGGUCGAACGUACGGAGACAUGAGAUGCGUAGCUGAAAGGAAGUAUAAUUUAGGAACCGUUGACGAUCACUUGCCAACAAAAACUCUAGACCAGGGAUUAGAUUUGCUGUUCGUCAUGCGAAAUUUAGAUGAAUUCAUAACCGACUAUUCGUAUGACAUGCAGAAUCAGGAAUUUUUCAAGAAACUGGGCAAGAAAGUGGAAACGCUUACGGUCAAUCACAUAAUCAAUGCCUUGCGGACCAAUGGAAUCGGUAUCGUUUAUAUUGCGACCCAUAAUGGCUAUGAGCAAUUUAUUCACGUCAUGGAAUCGGUUCUUCAAUAUUUCUAUCACCGAAACGUAAAGUCACGUCUGCAGCGUGACAUCAAAUACGUUAUGAAUGAGCACAAAAGCGACAGAUACAGCUACAAGAAAGCUUCGGAUUUAUUGGAUGAUCUGCAAAACAUUGAACAAAGCCUACAGAUUCCAAGCAUUUACAAUAUUAUUGUUAAGAUCGGCAACAUAAUGGCCUACAUACGAACGAUAAAGUCAGCGGUGAAAAAUUAUGAAUCGAACAUGAUGAUGUACACGCAAAAUAGACGUGACAAUUUGAAAAUUGGCGAUGAAAUCGAAUUGAUGGAGGAGACGCUGGCAGCGUUGAAGAAUUUCGAAAAUAUCAAGAAUGCAUCACCGGAUGAGGUGACCUACUUUAAGGAUUAUCUCAAAUACUUCCAAUCGUUGCCGAAAGACGUGUACACCACUUGCUUGUACGUCAUAAUGCCAGCACUAACCAUUUUCCAUAUCGAAAAAUGCGACCGAAUCGACGUCAAUGACGGAUUUGUGAUGGGCGUCGCUUAUUUCCUUAUUAGCAUGAAUCAAGUGGACACAUUCGAUGAACUUCAAUGGUUCGAUACGAUCAGACGGCAUUACGAUCUCGAAUUGCAACAAAUCCAAGAGCAAAUGAACGAACCAAAUGAACCGAAACUGAAACAAAUUUUACUGCGGAAAGAGCAACGUAUCGAGCUGCACAAAGAUAAUUUCGAAAUGUUCAACUGUAAUCUUCGGAGUGCAAUCACAUUAAUGAAAACCACGUAUUUGAACUAAAUGUGUCCUUCGAGAGGAAAGCACUCGGAGUGUGCGAUUAUGACAUACAUUACAAUAAACCAACGAUUUAAA